AACGCCAGGGACUGAACCCUCAACCUCAUGGCUCCUAGUCAGAUUCGUUUCUGCUGCGCCACCACGGGAACUCCCAGAUUGUAUUUUUAAAAUGCGAUGCCUCCAGCUUGGUGAGUUGGAAAGCCCCAGCAGGGUCCAGUUGAGGGACGGGGACCAAUUCUUUUUUUUGCUUUAUUAGGGCUGCACCCGCAGCACAUGGAAGUUCUCGGGAUGCACGUUCUAUCCCUGGCCUGGGUCAGUGGGUUAAGGAUCCGGCGUUGCUGUGGCUGUUGCAUGGGCCGGUAGCUACAGCUCUGAUUAUAGCCCCAGGCUGGGAACCUCCACGUGCUGCAUAUGCCGCCCUAAAGCAAAACGAACGAGCAAAACCCAGUGAGUUGGGGCCUCUGUGUGGUCAGAUACUGGGGUGACAUGGAGCAGGCAGGGUGCUUAGUGCCAGGUCCCUAGCAGAGGUCUUGCCCAGAGCCACCAUCCUCACCCCCUGCUCCCAAGCAGCUUGUUUGCUCUGUGUGUUUGUGAGCAGGGGUUCUGCUGAGCUCAGGAAGACCCGAGAGCCCCAAGAAAGGGCUGGUCUUGAGGACAACGUCCUCCUCGUUGCAGCCUCCCGGGAUGAAGGUCAGGGCCAUCCUUGCAUAGCGAAGUCAGAGGCUCUGAGGCUCGGAAUGGCUUCCCCCCACCUCUGCGGGGCAGGGGCAGAGCUGCUCCACUGGCCGAGUGUCUGCGGCAGCAGGACUGCUGGAUGGGGCAUCUCGGCGGGACACCCUGUUUUGCGCAGGGCCUUCCUUGGCCUGGGGCCUCGGCUGCAGUGGGCAUGUGUGGGCUUCACGUGCUGCCUCUGGAGUCUUGUCUGUGGAGGACUUGUGCAGGUUCCAGGGGCGCUGAGAGGGCCUGGGUUGCCUCCCGGCAAAGGAGAAGGACGGCCACACCUUAGCAGCUUCUUGCACUGACUAUGGUUUGCUGCCAAAAAAUUCCCAGGAGAAGGAAGGAACUGCAGGAAGGUAGAGCCGGAGCCAUGUACCACGGUUCCGAUCUUGGGGUGUGGGCCUCAUGCAAAUGCCCUCUGCGUCCCAGGGGAGGCGCUGAGGACACUGCCAGGCAUUGCUGUGUGUGGCGGUGCUGGAGCGGAGAUCCUUAAGGCCCAGUGCAGCCUGAGCAGGGGUGGGGCUGUGGAGAUCAGAGCUGAGCACAGGGGGUGCGGGCGAGGGGAGCUCCCGCAGAAGGGCUUCGCUUCAGGUGAGAGCAGAGGUUCCUGUGGGCAGUUGUCGCUGUCAGAUGGAAGCCAGAGCUCCCUUGGCACAGCCGCGCGACUGCUGGGCUCCUCUGGGACAGAGAGCAGGACGACUGGGUGGGGGCGCUCCCAGGACACCUGCAGGGUUGCCCGGAAUGGUCCUCACAGCCCAGCUGUCAGGCUCCAUCCUUCCCUCCAGCUGCCAGUGAGUCGCGCCCCAGCUACCCCCACCUACUCACGCUCGUCCCCGAGGCCGGAUGGUCCACUGCAACCUCAAACAUCAGCCCAGUGUGCAGGUCUUGGCGGCGCUGUCUCCCAGGGGAAGAGUGUGUGGGAAGGGGACCCCAUUGGCGGCCGGGCGGGCGUCCCCCAGCUCCCGCUGCCACUGUCUCAUCCCCGUCGUCAAGUGUGACUGCGUCCUGUGGCCAGGGCGGUUCCUGUUCAUCUCCCGGAUUCCCUCCCACCUCCCCACCCUCCUCCCGUGGAUGCUGUUUGCGGCUUCCUCCUUGGGGUCUGGGGCCUCCUGUCCUUGGUUUGCAGACUUGGAUACAGAUGGGUGGGCCUGGCUCCCCCGAGCACCUGCUGGUGACUGCUGGGUACCUGGGCCUGAGAUCUCCGGUUCUCAGAAGAGCUGCACGGCUCACAUGCCUCCAGUUGGGUCUGGUCCUCACAGGUGACCCUUAGCUCAGUGAGACCGAGCACACAGUAGGCGCACACAGUAGGUGCCAGAUUCUGGUGUUACCGUCCCUUUGAAGACCUCGCAUUAGGCUGUCUCCUUGACAACCCAUCUGCUUCCCUCUGUGUUUGUGCUGCUAGAGGUCACAGGAGGCCCUUUAAUGGGAUGGAGCCAUUUCCAGACAAGAGGACCCUGUGGCUGGAGCCGCAGGGCUGCCUGAGGCAGGAGUGGUGGAAUUACAGAAAAAUGGCGUCUGGGGAGCACGUCCGAAGCAUGCGGAGAAGCAAGACGAUGGGUGUGACCACUGUGUGCCCGACCCGCCUUCAGCAGAACCCAAACUCAUUUCCAAGAAGCAGAGAGCAGAGCGCAGGCAUAUUCAUUUCCUGUUUUGAUUGCUGGUUACUUCGUGACCUUCCUUUGAGGCGCUGCCGUGUAGCGCUGGUUGUCAUGGAAACAGGGAGUGCCGAGCGAGGGGAUAGGACCCGAUGCAUUUCUUUGUCGGGUCCAGCUGAUGCCUUGAGCUUCCUCUCUGCCGUGUGCAUGUUUGCGAGGAAGGAGGUACCCACUGGAGAAAAUGAGUUCGGGGGUGAGCUGCUGAGCCAGAGGUGGACACACGGAGACAAGGCCACCAGCUGCAGGACCUCGAGGCUCUUGCUGGGCGGACACGGCAAGAUGAGCUUAGAAAAUGACGAAAAGAGAGCGCGAACGAGAUCCAAGGCCCUUCGAGCACCCCCGGAGCCCGCAGGUGCCGACCUCAGCUGCCCCACCCCAGGAUGCACGGGCUCGGGACACAUCCGGGGCAAGUACUCCAGGCACCGGAGUUUGCAAAGCUGCCCCCUGGCCAAGAAGAGGAAGCUGGAGGACGCAGAGGCCGAGCACCUGGUGUCCAAGCGGAAGGCACACCCGCUGAAGCUGGCUCUGGAUGCGGGCUACGGCGUGGACAGCGACGGCAGUGAGGACGCCGAGGUGAAGGACGCCUCUGUUUCGGAUGAAUCGGAAGGAACUGCGGAGGAGGACGAGGCCGAGAUGUCAGGACAGGAGGAGAUUCAUCGCCCAGAGCCAGCUGAAGGAAGGAGCCCUGUCAAGGCUCAUUUCGGACCCAACCCCGUCAGCAGCCCCACGGGCUCCUCCAAGGGCUACAGCAGCUACCAGGAAAUCAUCGCCACGUCUCUCCUCAACUUGGGCCAAAUCGCUGACGAGACCCUGGUCGGGGACGACUCAGGCCAGGUGGCCAAGCCGGGCCCGGCCAUCAUGCGGCUGGUUCAGGAGGAGGCUGAGGAAGGGGCCACCAGCGAUGAGGGCGACAAGGACGCCGUUAUCCAGCCGGAGGACGCCGAGGAAGUGAUUGAAGUCACCAGCGAGCGCUCCCAGGAGCUGUGUCCCCAGUCCCUGGAGGGCGUGGCCGGCCAGGAGCCCAGCAAGCCGGACGUGGGCCUGGGUCACGAGGAGGAGGAGGACGAGGACGAGGAGGAGGACGAGGAGGACGAGGAGGAGGACGAGGCCGAGGCCCCUCCUGAUGUCAUCUGCCAGGAGGCCCCCCAUGCCGCCCCCACCAAGGCCCCUGAGCCCCGGCGCCCGGCACCGCCCAGCCCCAAGCCCGCCUUCUCCGUCAUGCUGGAGGCGCACUCUGACGACGGCAAGGACGAGGACUCUCGCUCGCAGAAGUCCGCGGUCACGGACGACUCUGAGAUGUACGACGUGUUGACCCGUGGGAACCUGGGCCUCCUGGAGCAGGCCAUCGCCCUGAAGGCCGAGCAGGUGCGGGCCGUCUGCGAGCCGGGCGGCGCCCCCACCGAGCAAGGCCCACCGGGCCCGGGCGAGCCGGGCAAGGCGGCGAGGCCCCUGGAUGCUGCACGGAAGAGCUACUGCAGCAAAGGUCUUGUGCGUUCAGAUCCCUCAAGAGCGGAGAAACGCGAGAUCAAGUGUCCGACGCCAGGCUGUGACGGCACUGGCCAUGUUACCGGGCUGUACCCGCACCACCGCAGCCUGUCUGGCUGCCCCCACAAGGACAGGAUCCCCCCAGAGAUCUUGGCCAUGCACGAGAAUGUGCUCAAGUGCCCCACGCCUGGCUGUACAGGCCAAGGCCACGUGAACAGCAACCGUAACACGCACAGAAGUCUGUCUGGGUGUCCCAUUGCCGCUGCUGAAAAACUAGCCAAAUCUCACGAGAAGCAACAGCCACCGACGGGAGAGCCUUCCAAGAACAGCUCCAAUUCAGACCGGAUCCUCAGGCCCAUGUGCUUCGUGAAGCAGCUUGAGGUCCCUCCGUACGGAAGCUACCGGCCUAGUGUGGCCCCUGCCACACCCAGGGCCAACCUGGCCAAGGAGCUGGAGAAGUUCUCCAAGGUCACUUUUGACUACGCAAGUUUUGAUGCUCAGGUUUUUGGCAAGCGUAUGCUUGCCCCAAAGAUUCAGACCAGCGAAACCUCACCGAAAGCCUUUAAAUCCAAACCUUUCCCAAAGGCCUCUUCCCCCAGGCACAGCCCCUGCACUUCGUCCUCUUCUGCAGGCUUCGACUAUGCCCACGACGCGGAGGCUGCCCACAUGGCCGCCACCGCCAUCCUGAACCUCUCCACACGCUGCUGGGAGAUGCCUGAGAACCUCAGCACGAAGCCACAGGAUCUGCCCAGCAAGGCCAUGGACAUUGAGGUGGAUGAGAAUGGGACCCUGGACCUGAGCAUGCACAAGCACCGAAAGCGGGAGAAUGCUUUCCCUGGUGGUGGCAGUGGUGGUGGCGGUGGCAGCAGCAGCAGUAGCCCCGGUGUGAAGUCACCGGACGCCUCCCAGCGCCAGAGCAGCACCAGCGCCCCCAGCAGCUCCAUGACCUCGCCCCAGUCCAGCCAGGCCUCCCGCCAGGAUGAGUGGGACCGGCCUCUGGACUACACCAAGCCCAGCCGCCAGCGAGAGGAGGAGCCCGAGGAGUCAGAGCCAGCAGCCCAUUCUUUUGCUUCUUCUGAAGCAGAUGACCAGGAAGUGUCGGAGGAGAGUUUUGAGGAGCGGAAGUACCCCGGGGAGGUCACCCUGGCCAACUUUAAGCUGAAGUUUCUCUCCAAGGACAUAAAGAAGGAGCUGCUCACCUGUCCCACCCCCGGCUGUGACGGCAGCGGCCACAUCACCGGGAACUAUGCCUCCCACCGCAGCCUCUCUGGUUGCCCUCUUGCUGACAAGAGCCUCAGAAACCUCAUGGCUGCCCAUUCUGCUGACCUCAAGUGCCCCACGCCUGGCUGUGACGGCUCCGGCCACAUAACCGGGAACUAUGCGUCGCACCGGAGCUUGUCAGGCUGCCCUCGUGCCAAGAAAAGUGGAGCCAAGGCAACGCCCACGAAGGAUGACAAGGAAGACCCUGAGCUGAUGAAGUGCCCCGUUCCAGGCUGCGUGGGGCUUGGUCACAUCAGCGGCAAGUAUGCCUCCCACAGAAGUGCAUCGGGCUGCCCCCUGGCUGCCCGGAGGCAGAAGGAGUGUUCGCUCAAUGGCUCCUUCUCCUGGAAGUCCCUGAAGAAUGAGGGGCCCACCUGCCCCACUCCAGGCUGCGACGGCUCUGGCCACGCCAACGGGAGCUUCCUCACCCACCGGAGCUUGUCUGGCUGUCCCAGAGCGACCUUUGCUGGGAAGAAGGGGAAGCUCUCAGGGGAUGAGGUUCUCGGCACGAAAUUCAAGACGAGUGAUGUGCUGGAGAACGACGAGGAGAUCAAGCAGCUGAACCAGGAGAUUCGUGACCUGAACGAGUCCAACUCCGAGAUGGAGGCUGCCAUGGCGCAGCUGCAGUCCCAGAUCUCGUCCAUGGAGAAGAGCCUGAAGAACAUCGAGGAGGAGAACAAGCUUAUCGAGGAGCAGAACGAAGCCCUGUUUCUGGAGCUGUCAGGCCUGAGCCAGGCCCUCAUCCAAAGUCUUGCCAACAUCCGCCUUCCGCACAUGGAGCCAAUCUGCGAACAGAACUUCGACGCCUACGUGAGCACGCUCACCGACAUGUACUCCAACCAGGAGCGCUACCAGAACCCCGAGAACAAGGACCUCCUCGAGAGCAUCAAGCAGGCCGUGAGGGGCAUCCAGGUCUAGGCCUCCUCGUGCCAGGAGCCAGCGUGCUGACCCCGGGCGCCCAGGGCCCCUGGCCUUGGCUCCUUCGUUUACCUCCCUUGCCCUGCCCUCCCAGUGGAGAUUCCCAACUCGUACUGACUCCGGUUGGCGGCCCGGGGCGGCCUCGCGCAGGUCCACCCAGAGGGGUGCGUGGGAAGCUGUGUCGCCCUCCAUGUGAGGUGCUGGCCGGGCCGGAGGCCUCGACACCUCCACGCACAUGCAGGGGCGUGAAGUAUUGCAAAGUGAUUUAUUUUUGUUUCUGAAAGCUCGAAGUCUCCAGUGGAAGCUCAUGGACAAGGUUCUCAGGGAAGUUUAGGAGUUUGCAACCACAGUAUUCCUUUGUCUGUCGAGGCUGAGAGGCAGCCCUGGGCCCAGGGUGGGUGGUGCGUGUGACGUGUCAGCCUGGAGCGAGCCGGUCAGUGAGGCCGCAGCGGCAAGUGUGUUCUCUGUUGUCCUUUAAUUCAGUUUUAUGUUAAGGGUGGAAAAAAGCAGCGUUCCAGAGGGUAGGUCAGGAACAGGCCUGCAGCCCCCUGUCAGCUCGAGGAAGCCAGCCUGGGCUCCUGCCAGUCCGCGCUCGCCCUACGCCAGGGCGCCUCGUCUGGGAGCUGCUGCCCGAGGCCCCAGACACUGUGCUCGGGGUCACGCUCCCUCUGGGGGCUGCGGCCUUUAGACCCAGGUCUGGGGCCCUGCCAGGGCCCUGGCUCUCUGUGCGCCCCCCUGGGCCCGGGAGCUGCCACUGCCGCGUUACCUGGGCCGUGGCUGGGCUUUCCCGAGGUGGGGACAGGGUCGGCGAGGUCAGGGGUAGAGUCCCAGCUGAAGACCACCAGGGGUUCUCUCCGGUUUAGAUCCAUUUACGAUUCGAAGGAAGGUCAGUUUCGAUUUAACGUGUUAAAAACACGAUGUAAAUAGAGUCCAAAUCAAUUGUGACUGCAAUUCCAAGGUAGUAUUUAAAAGUAGAAAAACUGCACUUCCUGGAAGAAAGGAGAAAGUAGUUAGUUUAAUUAUUCUGUAAAUUAUUUAAUUUUGUCAAAAUGUAAGUAUUUAUAUUCACAACCUCUUAUGUUAACGUUUGCUAUUUAUUUAACAUUUUUAUUUAUUAAUUUUAUACUAUUUUACCUAGACCCCCCCACCAGGACAUAUGAGAGGGAAAUAAAUGAAAUCAAAGCAAAAUUAAAUAUGUGACUGAGAGAUAGGCCGCAAAAAACUUGCUAUAACUUCUAGUUAUGAUUUUAAUGCAACCAAGUUAUUUUUUAUAUAUUUUGUUAUUUAUUCUUUUAAUAAUGGAGUUUUUAAAAAAGUAUUUUGUACCUGAGGAAUUUUGAUAAUUUGGGGUCCUUCCCCUCGGUCCAAUGGGAAGAAAGGCUUUUUGGUUUUUGUCAUCCCCUUUGGCUCCUUUUGUUUCAGGCACAACCGCAAAUGGAAUAUUCUGUAUCUAUUGUUCAUUUCAGUGCAGUGCAGAUGUGUGUGGUGCUCUGGCGUGUUUCUUGUGUCGCGUCCGUGUGCCGGUUCUUGACGGCUGAGUCCUGUUACUGUGAGGGAGCCCUGGGCGCUCGCAGGCCCCGUUCCUCUGACAGCCCCGAUACUGUGACCCUCCUUCCUCAGGAAACGCGUUGAACCCACAGCACAGCACUUCUUGGUGUGUUUGCAGGGUGAUUUCGUAAUAAAAGUCCACUCUGACUGUGAGUGGGAGCCGUGUCUGUGGUGAGGAGGCCGUCUCUGUCCCGGGAGCUCUGAGGGUCACUUUCUGGGAGCGGGCGGUCAGUGGGCUCUCCGCCUCAGGCAUCUCCCUGAUGCCACACGUGGCUCCCACCUGGAAACCUGGGUCUGAGUCACAGCCUGCACAUGCGUAAAUCAGAACCUCCUCCUGGGGUCGGGAGAGGUCUUCUUGCUGGGGUUGUUGGACUCGGGCCUGUCCCGGGCCAUCUCCUGGUCAUGGGAGGAAGCCAUCUGCAGUAGGAGAGUGUUUGGAUAUUUUGGACAGAGCAGAGCUGAGAAGUGAGGGAGAAAGGCGGUGGAAGGGGGAGGAAGAGAGAGCUCCCUGGUGGUCUUUUCAGGGCUCCUGGAUUCAGCCAUACCUGAAGGUGUCUACCCUUGCGGUAACUCCUUGCCGUUUCACACUUUUGUGUCAGGUGGGACUCUAGCUCUCCCAGGUGAGACCUAGGUCUGGGGCUUCUGGUCACAUUCAACCCAGACUGUCAACACAGUUCGACCUCCCUAGGUAUCUAGCCCUCGAGGCCCACCUGAAGCUCCCAUCUGACCUGUGAACAAAGGAAAAUUCUUAGAGAUUUUGGGCUGCAUUUCCGAUCCCUGCCCAAGUUGGACAGUGGAGGGUCUGGAGGGCUCCAGCUACUGGCUGUGCAGCACAUGGAGUGGGUUGAGUUAGCCCGUUGAGCCUCAAGGAAGGGCUGCCGGGUCCCUCCGCAGAAGCCCCGUGGGGACGGGGCCUGGGGGGCUGGGUUCUACCCAUUCAUGUCAGCACAGAUGCUGGGUCCCCUCUGCAAGCUGAGGUGACAGCACUCCGGGGCCAUGAGAGCUGGUGGCAGGUGAUGAGCAGAGGCCAGGGCCGUGGAAGAGCUGGUGAACUGCCACAAACGUCCCCGCCAGACCUCCUGCUCCACCCUCUCCCAGGGCUUUGUCCUGCUCCCUGCUGAAGGUCCCUGGGCCUCCGGUAGCUCCAGACUCUGAGACGUUGCCCUUGGGGGGCGCAGUCCAUCCGCUUCCAUUCAGCAAGAACCUCUCCCGGUGCCAGGCGCCCGGCCUCAGGACUUGGGUUAAGACCUACAGUGACUCCCUGAGAGCAACGUCGACAAGCACCCGUCCCACGAACGCGGCAGUUGGGUGCUCGUGGGCUCACAGAGCUGGUUUCAGCUUGUUUCGAGGUGGUGAGCUCUGCCUGCAGCGCGGCCGAGCAUCUGGUGGGUCUGAAGAGCCACGGAGAUGGCUCAGGCCGGAGGAGGCCCCCAGAGGUCAGUCUCAAGGGCAGGUGAGUGUGCAGACAGUGCGGAAUCCAGGGGCUUGGGGCGGGGGAUUGGGGGGCAGGGGGCCCUCCGCAGGCCGCGUCUCAGCAGAAAUCUCUGCUCACCGCAGGGGGACAUGUGGGCCAGUUCAGUCCUGGACCCAGCUGUGCCCUCGGAGUUGCUCAGACCCCAGGCUGGCUGUGGGCGCCAAAGGGUGCUCCCCUCAAGUGUGGGUGGCCCUCCGUGGUGGCGGGUCUCAGAGAGGCCGUGUUUAGGAUGGGAUUGGUGGGAUGGAGGAGAGGGGGCUUCCUGGAGAGGGACCACCGAGGGCAAGCAGUGCUGGCGUCGGGCACCCCGAAGUUGAAGGACCGGGGCGCUGAGGAGGCUGCUUUGGUCCUAGGAGGCCUUGAGCUUUUCCUGCCUCUGUUCCCUGACUCCAGGACCCUGGGGGCGCUAGGGAGCCUGGCCUCAGGAACUUUCGGUCAUAAGCCCUUGGCUUCCACCCACCAUGACAUCCUGCGCUUCUGAGGGUUUGUCCUGUGGGCUCAGCAGACCCGGCUCGAAGGUGGCUCUGCAUGUGCCAGCUGGUGUUUCUGCGGGCACAGCUGCGGGCAGGGGGGACCACUGCAGCACCUCUGGCUUUAGAAGACGCAGGGUGCAGCGACCUGGGAUGUUAGGAGGCUGCACAGUCCCACAGCCCGAUGACGACACUGGCUGUUCGCCCCCGACCAGGAGCUGCACCUCCUGCUUGGGGGGUCGGCCUCAGCCACCACCCUCCUGGGGUCCAGGGUCGGGGGGGUGUCUUGGGGUCCAGGCACGCGCUCUCUUAGGACUUGUCGUUGGCUUUCUCUCCCAGCCCAUGGAGCCUCCCUUUACCCUCUCCAGAGAGUUCAGCUCGAGGCAUUAUCCGGAGGGAGGGGAACCUUCCCCAGCUCUCAGCGACCCUUUCCGCCAGCCGUCCUUGCUACAGGCCCCUCUUCCUCCUCCAGCGCAACCUGAAGCUGCCAGUUCCCCGGGGUUCUGAGGGGCGGACGCCUCGGUCCUGAGCUUCCCACACUCUGGCUACAAUUCAGGUUUGGGGUCUGCUCAGGCAUUCAUUGCAUAUCUCUGUGUUUUCCGGCUUCUAAACCACAUUUGCCAUCCCUUCUUCCAUCUUCCUUUCCUGCCAGUUUACACCUUAAAAGCUGUCACUUUGGCUAGGUUUUGAGAGGGUGCCAAGGAUGGCAGGUGUGUAUACCUGCCCGCCUAGCCUGGACCCACGGGGAGCACCCCAGGUGGCCGAGCACCUGACCAUAUGUGUGGGCUGCAUGGAUGGCGCCCCACGAUUGCACAAGAGACUUUCUCCCAGAAGCCGCUGCGCCCCUAAGACGCUGGCCCCACAGGGAUGUUACCGCUGUGGGUGGGAACGUUUUCUCCCUGCUGGCUGAUUUCAGACCUUGCAGCUCUUCCAGGUAUGACGGGCGCUGCCUGCCUUUCUGUUUACUCCUCCUUGAAAUAAGGAGGUGGCUUCUCCAAUAGCACCCUAGCUCCCGACUCAGCCAAGUGCCCACCAGUUUAAAACAUGCAGGGCCCAGUGGACCCAGGGUGGUGGGCACCUCACUGACGCUGGGCAGCUGACCCCCAGGAGAGCCCCUGUGGUCCUUCUGGCACCCCAGCCUCCCACCAGCCAUGUGAGGAAUGGUCGGCCAUUUGAGUCACAUGGACCUACACAGGGAUGCGUGUGUGAUGGCACCUGCCCACCUUAGGGGACAGUGUGGACACAGUGACGCCUGGGCUCCAGGGAUUCCCCCCCCACCAGCUGAGGUGUCUGCAUUGGGCUCGUUCUGCUCCCUCCCUGGAAGCUUCUUGAGCCAAUGUAGGUCUUGGGGGCAUAUCCGGAACCCCACAGAGUUGGAGGAGGUUGUCAGCCCUGCAGGGCUGUCCUGGAGCACCUACGCUCAGGAUGAGGGGCCUGGUGGGAGAGGCGAGGGGCGCCCAUGGAUCAGCCCUGCCCCCCCCGCCCCCCGCAUUGGCCCAAGAACAGAUGAGAUGGGGGUGCGUUCAGGUAUGGCUGUAGACUGGCCCAAGAGCAGGAGCCGGGGAGGAAAAGGACAGCUCCCACUUUCACCUCCUCAGUGAACCCACUCUUCUCUGCUCUAAGGGCACCUUCUGCCAAAUUAGACACACUUCUGCCUGUUUCUUUCACAACCUAUUGCAAAUGUUCUCCUUGUCUUGAAUUGUCACGGCUUUCUCUGUGGAAGUUGUCAGAACAGCAGAGGAGAAAUCUGACUAAAGAUGGUGAGGAACCCCUAGAUCCCCCCACUACACGGUGAAGACCAAGCAGAAGUGCUUGAAAGUCCCACACUAUGCCCGGGGGCCCCUGGCCAAGACCCUAGCAGGCCCCCAAAUCGGAAGGGCUCAGUCACGGCUGAGUCACCCACACAAAGCCCUGCCUGUCUGAGCCCUGACUCAGUUCCUGGGUGACCCUGAGCCCUCUGGACCCACACGGGCUCCUCUAAUCUCCCAACCCUGUGGUCCAGGCACUAGAGUUGGCCCCAUCCUAUAGAUGAGGAGACUGAGGCCCAGGACGCUGCUUGGGGUAACACAGAGGGCUGGCUCUGCAGCCAGGACUUCCCCCAGGCCCCUGGUCUCUGGGGUCUGCCCUUCUCAAGAAGAGGAAGGGGGAGUGCCAGCUCAGCUGGGCCCCACAGUGUGGUCAGAGCCAGUAGGCACUGAGGAGCCAGAAAAGGGGCUGCUUGGCCCCCAGGCCAGCAGGAGGGGCAGGAGGUAACAGGAAGGGUCUGCCACGAGGCUGGUGGAGAGGCAGGUCCUGCUCAUUUCCCAGUCACGGGCGAGGUAGCUAGGCAGACACUGCUGCUCCUGGGAGCUCCCACUGACCUUUUCCCAGGGGAGGCAGGACUGGAGGGAAGUCCCAAGCUGCUUUAGGUGGAGGCAGGUUCUCCAGGGCUCCUCUGGCCCCUCCCGCCCGUGGGCUGAGCAGGUGCCUGCUGUUGGCCAGUGGGGAGAGGUGCUGCUGUCCUGGGCAGGAGGAGGACCCAGGGGACAGGCUGUGGGUUAGGGAGGUCUGGUUGUGUCCCUGGACACCUUGGCAAGGGACAGUUCCCAGGUGGGAGCCACACCUGGCAGGAGCCCCAGGAGUUAGAAAGUUCCCAGACCUGCUUGGAGCGUUGAUCAGGGGACACCCAAGCCUGACCCUCCUUGACGGGGACCCCAUGGUGAACACUGAUCCCUCCUUCCAGGGUGCUGAGCUCCUGGGAGAAGAGCAACCACGCCUCUGAUUUAUAAACAGCACUGAUUUAAAAUGUGAAGCAGUCAAUACCAAGAGAAUGCAUUUGUCUACUUCACCUGAGCUAAUUACGGACUCUGGGCCUUUUGUCCAGAUGAGGAGGAGGUGCUGCAGGCCAGCGUGUCUCUACCUUGGGCUGGGGCACCUGGACACCCCAGUGGCAAGGUGGGAGAUCCAGGUGGAAGCUGGCUUCUAUGCCUAGGACAAAGAGGGCGACAUAACCACAGGUGGCCCCACCUGGACACAGGGCAUCCGCAGCCACAAGGCCCAGAAGAUCUGCUUCUUGGUUUGGUUUCCAGGUUCACACACUCCAUGUCCUCUGAUCAGAGGAGGGUGGACCAGCCACAUGCCAAGAUCUUUUCUUUCUGAUCUUCCUGGAGAGGCUCCAGCCUACCUUCCCUGGAGCUGGGGAUGGUGGCAGCCACCAGACAGGCCAGGUCAGCUGUCAAAGUGGCCUUGUGAGCAGGAGGGUCCUGAGAGCCUGAGAAUGGGCCCAGGCCCCAGAGGCCUCUCUCCAGCUGCUUGGUGAGGGUUCACUGCCACUAGAGCGGCCUUGGAAUUUCUGUAAGGCGCCAGGCUGGUCCAAGACCCCUUUUUAGAUUCCUGAGGGCAGUCUCUUCCGAUGUACACAUUCAGUCAAAAGCAGAAAGGAGUCAGAUAUCUGUGGCUCAUCUAAAUCUAUACCUCAAUCUGUAUCAUCUAUAUCCCUACCUGUAUGUCAAGAAGGAUUUGUUUUCAGGUGCUGGCUCACACAAUGUGGAGGUUAAGGCUAAACUCUGCGACAGGCCAGCAGGCUGGAGACUCCGGAAGCGUUGACGUUGCCAGCUGGAAUCCAAAGGCCGCGUGGAGGAGUUCCUGCAGUGGUGCAGUGGGAUCGGAUGGCUUCCCUGGAGCGCUUGGGCCCAGGUUUGCUCCCCAGCCCAGCGCAGUGGGUUAAGGAUCCAGCGUUGCCACAACUGCGGCUCGGAUCUGACCCCUGGCCCAGGCCCUCCCUGUACCAUGGAGGUAUAUGGAGAAAGAAAGAGAGAGAGACCACCUGGAGGCUGAUUCCUCCUUCCUGGGGUCAGUCUUGGCUCCCGUGUUAUGGAGGGUAACUGGCUUUACUCAGAGUUUACUGCUUUAAAUGUUAGCCACAUCCAAAAAAUACCCUCGCAGCAACACCUAGACUGGUAUUUGACCAAACAUCUGGGCACUGCAGCCUAAUUAGACCCAUAAAAAUCACUGCAGACUGCUUCCCUGUGCCAAGCACUGCUAACAUUUCACUAAGGUGGUUUGUCUUUUGUUUGUUUUUUUGCUUUUGUUUUGCUUUUAAGGCUGCAUCCUCAGCAUAUGAAAGUUCCCAGGCUAGGGAUCGAAUUAGAGCUGCCAGCCUACACCACAGCUCACAGCAACA